CUUUGUGAAAUUGAGCUGAGAUCAGGGUCUCCUAAUUGAGUGCCACAGCUAGAACUCGUGGUUUGGGGCACUGUUUGCCUGUUGACUGAUGCGUUAGCAGCUAUACCUUUUCGGAGAUAACUCUUCCUCCUUUGGAUUUGCUUUGCUGUUUACUUUGGAGAAUUCAGUGCGUGACACUGCCUCUGCAGAUUGUUAUCUGGACCAUCAAGACACCAUCUCAUUAGAAACCUGAAGCAUCCUCACAGAUAUGGAGUGUGAGUUCCGGAAUAUAGAUCUGAAAGCUGGAGAUCAACUGAAAAUACAGGGGAAAGUUGCUAAUGAUCCAGAAAGGUUCCAGAUUGAUCUUGGUGCUGAUAAUGACAACCUGGCCCUUCACUUCAAUCCACGCUUUCAAGAGGAUGACUCUGCAAUUGUCUGCAACUCCAAACAUGAGAGCGUUUGGGGUGAGGAGGAAAGGCACGAGAAGAACCCAUUUGAGCCCGACACCGCUGCAAAGAUUAUUGUGAAGCUGGCUGGCGACUAUUUUGAGGUCGAGCUGCCUGAUGGGAAGGAGAUCCAGUUCCCCAACAGGGAAGGCCUGGAUAUCAUCAACUAUGUUAGGGUCAAGGGGGACUUUAAGGUCACCUCUUUCAAGAUGUAUUAAAGACUCUCAGAUUCAUUAAUAAAAAGUUUAUAAGUA